GUGAUCCGCACGAGCGCACAUCACCGCGCAGCUUCCGGUGGCGCAAAGGAGAGCAAAGCCGACAACACGCAUUUUUUUUUUGGUUUUAUCAGCCAGGACUGUUGGAGUAACUCCUGCACGCUGACGGAGGUCCGAGCGCGUCAUGGCCGCCAAAGACACAACAACGUCGGCGUUUGUCAGCGUCAGCAGGGACAUGACAGAGAGCAUCAGGAAGGUGUUGGACAAGCAGGCCAUUAAGUUUGUGCGCGCCAUCAAGCAGGACACCAGGAGCGGUAAAUCAGAAGACCGGAUCCUGGUCCUGGCGACGUGGAGACUCUACCUCCUCGCUGCCAAAGUGCCCGCUAAGGUGGAAGUCACGUUCAACUUCCUGGAAAUCCGGGCGAUGAACACUUAUCAAGAGCAUCAGGUUGUUAUCGACACCGACAAGACCACCUACUCGCUGAGGCUGGAGACCCGGGACCACUUGGAGCACGUGGUCACUCACAUCAACUACGCCCUGGCCAGGGUCUUCAACAACUCCAUUUAUGCUCCGCCCAUUUGUCGGGCCGACGGUGAGAUGAGUGAUGGAGUCCACACCUUUUCUCCGGGCUCGGAAUCAGCGUUGGACCCCCAGAAGACCUGCGGAGGUUUUUCUGAGACCUACGCAGCGCUUUGUGACUACAACGGCAUCUGCUGCAAGGAGGAAGUGCAGUGGGAUGUCGACACCAUCUACCACUCUCAGGACAACCGGGAGUUCAACCUGAUGGAUUUCAGCCAUCUUGACAGCAGGGAUCUGGCUGUGAUGGUGGCAUCUAUUGCGUACAACACCUGGUUCACCAAGCUGUACUGCAAGGACAUGCGCAUUGGGUCAGAGGUGGUGGACCAGGUCCUGCACACAGUCAGCAAGUCCAACAGUCUGGAAGAACUCACUCUGGAAAAUGCCGGACUGAAGUCGGAUUUCCCGCAGAAAAUGGCGUCGGCACUCUCCGAGAACCCAGGCUCCAUGAUCCACUCCCUCAACUUGGCUCACAACGCGCUGGACAACCAAGGAGUUUCCAACCUGAUUCAACAAGUAUGUCGGCUCAACAAGGGAUUACGCCACCUGAAUCUCUCCAAGACCUCCUUGUCCUCCAAAGGUGUGGUGUCCUUGUCCCAGGCCUUGUGCUCCAGUGACGACUACUCCAACUCCCUGCUGCACCUGGACCUCAGCAAAAACCCCGGGGUUCUGUCCGGGGAGGACGCCACGAAUCUGUACCUGUUCCUCGCCCAGCCCAACUGCCUGGUCCACCUGGACCUGUCGGGGACGGACUGCACCGUGGACUCGUUGUUUGGUGCCUUGCUCAGGGGCUGCUGCGCUGACCUCUCCUACCUCAACUUGUCCAAGAACUGCUUCUCGCACAGGAAAGCCAGAGAUUCGUUGCCAACUUUUCGCCAGUUCUUCAGCUCGGCAUUCAGCCUGACUCACGUCAGCCUCGCUUCCAUGAAGGUUCCUCCCGACUGGCUGAGGGCUCUGUUCUUAGGGCUGUCCAACAACCCACAUAUCAGCGAUCUGCAGUUGGACAUCAGCGGCUGUGAGUUGAGGUCUGCAGGCGCCGGUGUCAUCCAAGAACUUUUCCCGAGAGUUUCCUGUGUUGGGACUUUGGAUAUCUCAGACAAUGGCUUGGAUUCCGACCUGCUCUCCGUCCUCCCUGCGUUCUCCAGACACCCUUCCCUCAAACACCUGAUGCUGGGGAAGAACUUCAACGCCAAGGGCAGGGCGCUGGAUGAAAUGCUGCAGAAACUAGUUCAUUUGGUGCAAGAGGAGGAGUGUGUUUUGCAGUCUCUGUCCUUGGCUGACUCCAGGCUGCGCCAGAGGGGUACUGUGCUGGUCAACGCCCUGGGCUCCAACACAUGCCUGCGGAAGGUGGACUUGAGCGGCAACGGCCUGGAAGAUUCCGGAGCCAAGAUGCUCAGCAAAGCUCUGCAAAUUAACACGACGCUCAGGAGCGUGACGUGGGACCGCAACAACACCACGGCGGCGGGCCUGCAGGACGUGGCGAGAGCGUUGGAGCACAACUUUACUCUGCAGUACAUGCCCCUCCCCCUCAGCGACGUCACCCAGGCGUACCGCGGCGCCCCCGAGAGGACGGACCAAGCGCUGACCAAGAUCCAGCGCGCCCUGCUCCGGAACAACCAGACCCAGCGGUUCUCCCAGAAGCAGGCUCUCCGGCUGCACCAGGGCCUGGUCACCAGCACCGCCGAGCAGGUGAUGGAGCGGUUGUGCGUGCGGGUGCAGCAGCAGAUCGGCGUGCUGAAGGGCUCCGAGGACGCCGAGGAAGUCCAGACCGCCAAACAGAUCCUGAAGGAAGCCAGGAAUUCCCGAGCUCUGUAUCCGUCCUUGUGUGAGUUAGCCCACGUGUUGUCGGUGGACGGACCCAUCAGGCAACGCCUGGACACCUUGGUCGGGGAGCUGGCGAAGGCUGCGGACAAAGAACUGCAGGUGGUGGUGGACUCCAUGGUGUCCCUGUGCCGAGAGUUGUGUCCCAUGUCCUGCUCGGCGGCCGAGAGGCUCAGCCCGUCCCUGUCCUCCAUCUGUGAGCAGGUUCUGAUCCCUCGCUCGGCCAUCCGCAACGCCCUGAUGGAGAGAGCGUCGGAGGACAUCAACAGAGCCCUGGAGGAGGUGAAGUUGUCCGUGGUCUCGUAUUUGACCAACUCCAUCGUGGAUCAGAUCCUGCAAGAACUCUACGCCACACAUAAGACCCUGUUGCGGCAGGUGUCUCAGGCGAAGCGCUGGGAUGAUGUGGGGUCAGGAAGACAAACCAUCAGACAGUCCAGGAUCAUGGAGUCUUUGGAAUUCCCGGAUGAAGACGUGGGCGUCACCCUCGGAAUUGACACAAUGGCUAUAAAGAAGCGGAGCUCCAGAACCAGAAGAAUCCGCCCUGUCUCCACCAGACCUGGUCUCGGAGACGAGCCCAACUCCUCCCCCGUCCCUUCUCGCCACCUUUCCCACUCGGCCUCGUGGGAGUGUCUGUCCACCCUUCCCACCAACGGCUCGCCCUUACGCCACGUGACCCACGUAAGGCCCCGUCCGCCGCGGAGACACAGAGCGGGGCACCUUCCCCCAGAAGCUCAUUACUCUGAGAACGGAGGAGUCAGCAUGCUGGAGGACGGACUGCCGGACUUCUACAGCAAGAGAGUUCUUCCUGACAGUCAGCUGUCGUCCAUCCACCAGGCCCAGUCUCUGAGGAGGAAAAAGAGACGCAGUGUGUUGUCCAUAUUCUCAGGCUUCCGGAAGAGCCGCAACUCCACAAUUUCCAGCCAGGAUUUGGACAUCACCUCGGAGAACGUUUACUCCAUGAUCCAGCACCCGAAGGAUGCCGGGAGGGCAGAUAACGGCGUGCACGAGGCCAACGGGGCCACGCCCUCACCUGGGGCCGGGGAGGGUGUUCCUCUGCAAGGCCCGGGGCCCGUCAGCCCCUCCUGCCUCAUCCAGCGACAGUCCAGCGACCUGGUCAACAUGGUCUACAGCUGCAUCGGGGCCGACAUGGAGGGCUCGGACACCAGCAGCACCUGUGACAUCAAGGGCCAAGACGCCCAGACCUCACCCGGCCCCUCGGAGACCUUGACCCAGGAGGGCCACACGGCGUCCUCCAGGCAGCACGAGGGCAGACAGGAGAGGAUCCUGCCUCUGAGCGACGUGGAGGACGACACGGGCAGAUCUCAUUGUGGUUCUUGGCCCGAGGAGGACCGAGGCGGUUCUCAUUGUGGUCCCUGGCCCGAGGAGGACCAAUGCGGAUCUCAUUGUGGUCCCAGGCCUGAUCCGCCUCCUCAGUGCACCAAGCCCAGUCUGGCUGCCAUGAGGCAGAGACACCUGCAGGAGAGUUUAGCAGAAGCAGGAAGGCUGGAAGCAGAAGAAGAGAAGAAUGAGAGGAGACAUGAGGAGAAGGAAAGACCACGAGGACCAGAGGGGCAGCGUCCUCUGAUUCCUGCCAAGCCCAGUCUCCACCUCUCCAGAGACAGAAGCUCCCCAGAGAACAUCUCCCUUGUGGGUGAAGAGGGAGGCGAUGCUCUGAGGAGUGAGCUGGUCCACCCUGAAGAAGACUCGGGUCCUGACCCCGGUCUUAGUGAAGAUAAGAGUGAAAGUGACAAUGGCUGUCCAGGUGUGUCAAGCAGUACCAGGAAGUCCAACUCCUUUGACACAGGCAUGCAGCAGCGGGGGAGUCAUAACGAUCUGGAGAGGUUUUCAGAUCCUAAAUCCUCCGCCAGAAAACCUUAUUUCCCUCGGUACAGAAACAGAUCCCUGGACUACCCCGCUGGGACCGAAUGCUAUGAAAGUCCUCACCUGGGCCACAAAGACGCUUCAUGACGUUGAACCCGGACCAGGUUUGCAUGGGAAACGAGACUGGAAAACCGAGGGUAGGCACGGACCGGACCGGACCGGACCGACGCCCUGGAGUAUUUUUUAUUCUUGACACUUUUUAGAUCAAUGUAAGGAUUCGUUUUCUGUUUGGUUUUUCGAGUGAUUACCAUUUCAAAAAGCACCUUCCCCACAGUCCCAGUGUGUCCAGUGUUUGCUGCCACCCAAGCUUAAAUGUGUCCACCUUUUUUGCACCCUGCCUGCGGUUUCCUGACAAUCUGCUCAAAAGGUUCGUACUGUAUUUAUUCUAACGGGGAUGCACACCAUUGGAUCACUUGUACGCUUCAUGGUGCUCAACGUGUCGUUGUCCUUCUCCUUUGUGGCUUGAACGGGAUUUUACCAGGAAAGUGAUUCUAUUUUUUUUUUUUAAAUGCUUCAGUGAAAGACAAUAAAUAAAAAUGACUUUACACAAA